CGCGAGAGUUAAACGAGAUUAGCAGCUCAGCAGCUAGCAGUGAGCUAACCGUGGGAUGACUGUACAUGAAGUGUGAAAAUGAGCUGUGUGUUUCCGGACAGAUGAGUUUACAAACCGCACACCGAUUUAAUACGAGACUGUAAUUCUUUAUAUUUUUUAAACCAUGGAUUUAAACUCUAAGAGUCGCUAUCCCGCGGAGGAGGGCGAGCUGGAGGACGGGGAGAUCUGCGACGAUGAAGCGGAAGACAGUGUGCCGCUCCGGCGGGGGGAGGGUAACAGGCCCCGCGGAGGAGCUCCUCCACGACCGAGAAAACCUCACCAACACCCGCACGGCCUGCCUCUACACCCUGCCCUCCCGCCGCCAGAUUUUCGCCUCCUCAUGCCAUACAACCGCGGACCUUUCCUCCCGAACCACCGGCAGCAGUGCGGGCCGAGCGGGCCCGACCGGCCUCCCUCACCUCCGCCGCUGCUGCUCCCUCCGCCAGGGCUGGGACCUCACGGAGAGCCGAGCCCGAGGAGCAGCUUCUGGGAGCGGAGCCACGGGGCCCUGGGCCGGUUCAGACACCGGGGCAUGCCGAACGGGGGACGAGGAAACUGGAACCGAGGGACCCGGGGAGGAGGAAACAUGAGAGGUCCCCCCGGUCGGUACGGGCCCGGAGAGAUUCACGGCAACAAGAACGAGUCCCCCCUGAGGAAACAGAAGCCUAUGGGGAGGCCUCAGGUGAGGAAAGCGGCUCACAGUGUCUCCAAAGCGGACUCGUGUGUAGACGAGUCGUUUGAGGACCUGCUGUCCAAGUACAAACAGAUCCAACUGGAGCUGGAGUGUAUCCGUAAAGAGGAGACCAUGGCUCUGGAGCCUGACGGCUCUCCUGCCAGAGAGCCGUCAGACACCAACACAGCAGGGAUCCCAGAGAACAAACCAGAACCAGAACCAGAACCAGCAGGAGCAGAGGACACAGCUGACAAAAAAGUGUUUCAGGCUUUCAACAUCAAACCUCUCCGGCAGAAACUCCCCACCCCCUCCGACCUGGACGAGCUGAGGAGGAAGUGGGCGGAGCAGCAGAAGGCAGAAGGCGGGGCUGAGAAGGACGGAGAAGAAGAGAGUGGAGGACAGGACAGAGCAGAGGGAGAGCAGAGACAUGAAGAAGAGACUGAGGAGGACGACAAGAAGAAGACGGCGUGUCCCAGCUGCACGCCGGAAACGGACAAAGAGAAGAAGACGGCGUGUCUGAGCUGCACGCCGGAAACGGACGAAGAGAAGAAGACGGUGGCGGCGUGUGUGUGCUGCACAACGGAAACAGACAAAGAGAAGAAGACGGUUGCGGCGGUGGCGUGUCCGAGCUGCACACUGGAAAAGGACAAAGAAAAGAAGAAGAAGACGACAGUGACGGCGUGUAUGUGCUGCAUACCGGAAACAGACAAAGAGAAGAAGAAGAAGACAGCGGCGUGUGUCAGAGAGUCAUCGGCCUCAAGCGAAGACUCCGCCCUCUCUCCUGACAAGGUGGGGGUGAAAGUGGAGGAGGAGGAGCUUUCAGAGCUGCAGCUGCGUCUUCUCGCUCUGCAGUCAGCCAGUAAGAAGUGGCAGCAGAAGGAGCAGCAGGUGUUGAAGAGAAGCAAAGACCGGAUCACCAGAGCGGUCCAAGGCAAGACUCCAGGACCAGGACCCAGACCAACUCCCAGCAGGCAGAGAGUCUCCACCAGGUCCUCGUCUGCUGCUGCUGCUGCUGCUGCUGCUGCUGCUGCUGCUGCUGCUGCAGAGAGAAGCAGAACCAGGUCCAAGCCUCCUCCUGACAGGGAUCGGAACAAGACCGGCGGGGCCAGACCUGCAGACAGGGACCGAGACAGACCCAAACCCAGUCCUAAACCCAAUCCUAAACCUAGUCCUAAACCAGGUCUUAAACCCAGUCCUGCUCUGGUCCUCAGAUCAGCAGAGCGGAGAGCAGAGAGAGCUCACAGUUUGAAGAAGGUGAUCAGUCCAGGCUCCGUGGCGAAGCAGGCGUUCAGGAAGCAGCAGUUGAGGACGUGGAAGCUGCAGCAGCAGAGGGAGCAGGAGGAGAAACGUCGGCAGGAUGAGGAGGAGAGACGCAAACGAGAGGAGGAGAUCCGCAGGAUCCGAGAUCUGUCCAAUCAGGAUGAGCAGUACAACCGCUUCAUGAAGCUGGUGGGGGGGCGGAGCCAGAUACGCAGCAAGUCCAGAGACAGAGACCACAGGAAGUCUGCAGGUAAACAGGGUCUGGACGCCUCAGGGAACCUUUAUCAGUAUGACAACUAUGACGAGGUCGCUAUGGAUACGGACAGUGAAACCAGCUCCCCAGUCCCGUCUCCGCCCCCUCAGCUGCUCCCUGAUGACUUAGGAUGUUUCCCUCAGCUGUCUCAGUAUGUGAAUGCUGCCCAUCACUUCGGAAUGGAGUUCUCUCAGCCCUUCCUCACCCCGCUACUGCCAGGUACACCUCCACCUCCUCCUCCUCUCCCCCCUCUCCCCCCCGAGGAGCUUGAGCCUCCUCCCAAACCUCCGUUUGCUGAUGAGGAGGAGGAGGAGGAGAUGCUGCUGAGGGAGACAUGUCUGAUGUCGAUGGCCAAUAAGAGAGUGCCCGCCACCGAGGAGAUGAGCUCCAGCGCUCCUCCUUCUCCUGGUGGUCCUCCUCCUGCAGGAGUCCACCCUCCCCUCAGGGGAAACCUGAGCACCGUCAGUCUGAACACGGUGCCUCCAUCACGCUCCAACAAGUUCAGCAGAGGACACCACAGCAACAGAGCGCCCCUGGUGCUUCCUCGACACAAGUCUGUGGUCGUUUCUCUGAUCGACUCGGACGACAGUGACUCAGACCAGGACGCCUGCAGCUCAUCUCAGGUGGCGUUUGGAGGCCUUGAGUUCAUGAUCAAAGAGGCUCGCAGGACGGUGGAGGCCACCAAGCCGAAAGCAGCGUCAGGAUCAGAGAAGGAGAACAACCCGCUCCGAACGCCAGACGCUCUUCCCGAAAACAAGAAGGCAGAGUACCGCCUGCUCAGAGACGAGAUUGCCAGCAGGGAGAAGCAGAAGAUGCUGAAGGAUAACAGUCCGAGUCGUCGAGUGUUUCCUGCUGUCUCGGACUCUGUGAUGAAUACAUGUUUAAAGUCUGCAGCACAAAUCAAACUGAGUGAAGCCGAGCAGAAACUCAACAAGCACAGAGAGCUGCUGCAGAGGGACGAGGCGAUGCUCAGACACCUCCUGCAGCAGGAGCUGAAAAAGAGGGAGUCUCUGAAGGCGGCCGAGGGGAAGGUGGUCAGACUCAGAGAGCAGCUGCAGGCGUCAGAGAAGAUCGUCAGCGUCAACAGGUUGCUGCUCAAGAAGCUGCAGGAACAGGUGCACCGCGUUGAACAUCGGGUGUCCAUAAAGAAAGGUGUGGCUGUCAGGUUGGAGCAGGAGCUGGCUCAUGCUCAGCUGGCUGCAGGACGAGGACCCAAACGCAGAGCCGACGACACCCACAGCCAGCCCGGUAAGCUGCAGCGUGUGGACGGCACCCUCCGCGGGUCAGAGCAUCACUUUGCGGAGCUGAUUGCUCAGAAGCAGCGUCUGCAGCAGCUGGAGUCAGAGUACGCCCUGAAGAUCAAGAAGCUGAAGGCGGCCCAGGCCCUGCACCACCGAGGAGUCACGGCUGAUGUCCUCACAGAGCCCCCCCCACGAGUCUCCACCCCUCCUGACCCCCCGCCCGCACCCCCAACCACCACUCCGUCCCCGUUCCCUCUGCCCCAGCCCUCCCUGCACGACCUCACUCAGGACAAACUCACCUUGGACAGUGAGGACGCCCCCGAGGGUGAAGACCAAGAGACAGAAUCUGCCCCUCCAGCUGCAGCUCCACCUGCUGCCGUCACUGCUGCUGCUGCGAAACCCCCCCGCAGACUCUCCCUCCGUCAGUCCAGCUGCUCCUUCACCAAACCAAACCUAGAGACACCCAGCUCCACCCCCGCUAAAGACAGCAGCACCCCCAAACCCUCCAAAACCUGCAGCAGCUCCAGCAGCUCUGCUCCACCUGUAGAGGUGUUUACAGGUCUGGACAUGGAGGCUGUGAAGCUCAGGUACCAGGAGCAGGCCCGACUCGGGGAGCUGCUGCUCAAAGAGCUGCGUGACCUGGGAGGACAGGUGGACAACCCCCCACCUGGACAGGUGGUUCCUGUGGAGAUGGACGUACCUACCAGCCAAUCAGGGAGCAGUGAGCUGAGGCCUGUUCCCUUCGGACUGUAUCAUAGCCCGCUGCUGGUCUUCAGAUCGUACAGGUUCAGUCCGUACUACAGGACCAAGGAGAAGUUUCCUCUGAGCUCCGUGACCUUCAGCAACGCCAUCGAUCCAUCCAAGAACUUCUGUCGCUUUGACCUCACAGGCAGCUGCAACGACGACCACUGCAGAUGGCAGCACAUGAGGAACUGCACGCUGACAGGAAACCAGCUGUUCCAGGACGUCCUGUCAUAUAACUUGCAGCUGAUUGGCUGCUCUGAGACCAGCUCCGAUCAGGACAUCAGCUCAGCCACAGAGCGGUACAUGAAGAAGCUGUUUGGAUCAAACAAAGACCGGAUGGGCGUGGAUCAGAAGGCCGUCCUCCUGGUUAGCAAAGUGAACGAGAGCAAACAUCACGUCCCUCCCUUUACCACCUGUAAGGACAUGAGGAGGUGGAGGCCAAAACCUUCAGCUCCAAGCAGCUCCAUCGCGGAGGACGACAGCGACGAUGAGCCAGCAGGAGGAGACCCAGCCCCUCGACGACACGAUGACUGCGUCAGGGGCAGCCUGUCAGCUCUGGAUGUGUGCGUCACCUCCGAGGACAAACGAUACUUCAUCAGUGAGACAGACGACAUAUCAAACCUGGAGACGAGUGUGCUGGAGAAACCCCGAGACACGCAGCUGUGGAUCAAACUGGCCUUUAAAUACCUGAACCAGAGCGACACGUCUGCAGCAGAGUGUCUGGAAGCUGCUCUGAACACGCUCUCUCGAGCUCUGGAGAGUAACUGUGACAACCCCGAGGUGUGGAGUCACUACCUGCUCCUGUUCUCCAGGAGGGGCAGCAGGGAGGAGGUGCAGGAGAUGUGUGAGAUGGCGGUGGAGCACGCACCCGACUACAGAGUGUGGUGGAACUACCUGACUCUGGAGAGCUCGUUUGAGGGGAAGGACUUUGUGUGCGAGCGUCUGCUGCAGUUCCUCGUCUCCUCCUCGUCUUCACCCUCGAACACUCUCUCCUUUCACCUGAUGGAGGCGCUGCUCUACAGGGUGCAGCUCAACCUGUUCACUGGACGCAUGGAGAGCGCGCUGGCUAUCCUACAGAGCGCUCUGAAGUCUGCUCAUGAUAGGAGUAUAGCAGAUCAUCUGACCUCCAGAGACCGAGCUCUACUCUGGCUCACUUUUAUCCACCUGACAGAGUUUGACCGUCUGCCCUCGAGUCUGUACGACCCGGCAGAGUCGGGUCCGUCCAGGCUGGUCAGCAGAGAGUCCUUCCUGCUUCCUUGGAGGACAUCACAGGACAUCAGCACGCCGCCCGACAUCCUCAUUGCUCUGUUUCAGGACGGCGUCCGGCAGUGCAGCGAGGAAUCCGUGUCUCAGAGUGAGCGGACGCUGGCCUGCCUCCCUCUGCACACAAACCUCAUUCUCCUGCACACACUGCUGCACAGGUAUGAUGAAGGUGUGUCUCUGUGCCAGUCUCUGCUGAGCUCGUGUCCUGACUCGUGCGCUCUCAGAGACACUCUGGCUGACCUUCACAUCAGGAGAGGAGACUCUGAUGAGGCCGUCAGCAUGUGGCUGCACGCUCUGGCCGAGUGUCCCAACAACGCUGAGGUCUUCUACCACUGCUGCAGGUUCCUAAUGGCACAGGAGAAGUCGAGUGCCGUCUCUCCUCUGUUCAGAGGCUUCAUUUUGUCUCUGUGUGAGGACCAGCAGAGCCACAAGACACCUGUGGACCUGCUCAGACACAUUCUGGGGUUUCCCACCAAGGACGUCCUGAGAGAACCAAUCAUCAAAGAGCUUCAGGAGCAGCUGAGCCAGCAGACUGCCCAUCUCCACCUGAUACACUGUCGUUGGCAGUGGCUGCACAGCUCUGAGGAGGACACUCAGGACGCCUUUGAGCGAGCGUUGGGAUCGUCUCUGACUCUGGAGGAGCUGCACACUCUGUGGACGGAUUACCUGUCGUUCAGCAGCAGCCUGCAGGCCCGUAGCCCCUCCCACAGUCACUCCAAACUGUUCUCAGAUCUGGUCCAUCGCUGUCUGUGCACCGUUCCCUCCAGGCUGCAGGUCCCCUUCAACCCUGCAGAGUUCUGGAGCUGCUACACCUUCCACAACAAGGUGAUCUCUCUCUACCUGAGCUGCCUGCCUCAGUCCCAGCAUGCACUGGUGCUGGAGAGACUGAGAUACUCUAUGCCCAACAACACUGAGCUGGGCCUGAGGUUGCUGCAGCAGGAGUGGAAGGAUGAAAACAUGGAGCAGCUGAAGUUUCAGGCCCGCAUGCUGUGCAGCAACGCUCCAAAGUGUGUGUCCAGCUGGAGGAUAGCCAUCACUGUGGAGAGAGAGCUGAAGGAGACAUCUGAGGUGCGACUUCUCUACCAGCAGGCUCUCCAGAACCUUCCACUGUGUGCUGGCCUGUGGACAGAUCGGCUGCUGUUUGAGGCGGCUGAAGGCGGCGGCGGUGCAGCUUCAACGGUGUGGGCGGAGCGUCUGCGGCGGCUGCUACUCAGGUGUCAGCAGGUGGGCGUGAGUGUCAGUGAGCCGCUCAGUUUAGCGUCUCUGUGUGUGACAGAGCAUCAGUGACUCAUUCAUUAACACAUCAGUCAGCGGGUGGAGGUGAGACAGCGCCCCCACCUGGAGCUGCUUUAAACGCCAUCAUGUACGUAAGUAUCACCUGCUGAGUGAUUUCUUCUCUCCUGUUUUUGUUCUUCAGUUGUUUCAUUUCCUCCUUGUUUGAUUUUCUCUGAGGGGGGAGGGGGGGGUCUGACACCUCAGGGUACUGUCUGACCCCCCCACACCCCACCCCCACCCCCCGUGUGUUUAAAGGAUGUUCCCCUGAAAAUCUGCACGUUGUCUUUUCUUUGUCUCCGGAGGAAAAACAAGACUUUAAUUUAAUAAAAACACAAUCAGACUUUUUCACUAUUGAUGCCGGAGACCCCCCCUCCCCCCCUCUCUCUGUAGUAUUUUCUAUUUGGCUUUGUCCGAACAAAAAGAGUGAGAGAGAGACUACCGCAGAGACUGAUCCAGCUGCAGUCAGGACGUGGCUAACGUGGCUAACAUGCUACAAACAUGUGCAAUCUGUCUUUUUUUUUUCUUUUUGUCAAAAUCAUAAAGUGAUUAAAGAUUUUUAGCACGAAGAGGAGAACACGUCCUUCAGCUGUUGUUUUUUUUAUUAAUGUACCUUUAAGAUGUUAUUAAAUUAUUUUCUGAAGAGAAACCUGA